AUAAGUUUGCUGAGAUGGGAGUACAAGAACUUGAUUGGACUGCACAGAGCCCUGACCUCAACCCACUAGAACCCCUGUAGGAUGAAUUGCAAACACAGUUAUCAGCCAGGUCUGGCCCCCAAUAUCACCAAUACACUUGUGGUUAUGUGGAAGUAAAUCCCACCAACAAUGUUCUGGUAGAAAAGUUCUUGUUGAGAGCAGAGGCUGUUAAAGCUUUUAGCACUUAUGCAAUAAUGUGUAAUUUACAACACUGUGUAUUUUCCUUUAUUGUGUGGAUCCAACACCCCCAACAGCACCACAGUGAUUCUCUGACCCAUUGUCACAAACCCCACAUAAUCUGGAUUAAGUGGACAGGUGCUUGUGUGAGAGUGGUUUGUAAAAGAGACCUUCUCACUGGUACCAUCACUUGUUACCCCCUGCCCUUCUCCCUCCAGCACAAGCCGCCUGCCCCAUCUAAUGCUUAAAUCCGAGCGACAUAGAGACUUUUGCUGUCUGAUAUUUCAUAACAGAAUCUUGUUUCUAUAGUUACCCCUCACAGAAAACGGAAUUCUGCCGUGCAUCCUUGGAGCUGACCAGAAAAGGAGGGGGAUGGCAGACACAGGAACAGAGAAACUGCUGUGGGAAGGCACAUGCCUCAGGCUAAGAUUCAUGGAUGAAAUGUUACGUACGGCAAGUGUGUCAGGCAGCUGAAUUACUAACAGCGAAGGGAGAAAAGAACAAUGACAAAUAAAGAAAAGGCACAGUCCCAGCCAAACCAUAUUGAGAAUAUGAUCUUCUUCUCAGCACUGUUUGAGGACAAAGUGGAGAAUGUUUCUGGCUAUACACAGAUCAAUAUAAGCCGAAGACUCCGCCUCUCCAGACCAAGAUGGCAGCCCAUUGAAUUAGGAAAUAACCUACCAGAGAUGGCUCUUACCAGGACUACAGUAACAAUCUCCUGCAUUAUAGAAGUUGCAGUGAAGUAUUUGAACUUUAAAUUCAUCAAGCUCUACAAACCCGAAGUCAGUCGGCGCCGUAAUAUAUGCAUGUUAUGCUGUGGACUCCUAUCCUGUGUCGGCUUUGCCUUAGCUGCUUUCGUUAGGGGGGAGGAAUCGAGAGCUGGCCAUCGAUUAGGAGGAGGUCUGGGAUUUGGCAUGGGAAGUGUGUACAACCUAUUGCAAUGUAUCGUGUACAUCAAGACGUCGGCCCAACAGAAAAAACUAUGGAUGGUUUAUUACCGGAUGUUUUUUUCAGUGUUAACUGCUAUUCAAUUUAUAAUCUUUCCGACAAUAUUUCUUACUUGUGCGGUAUUGCAGAGCUGCAAUGAACUCUAUAUGACAAAUGCAAUUUGCACACUGGAGUGGAUAGGAAUGUUUGGGCUUCUCUGCUAUAUGCCUACAUAUGCCAUGGAACUUAAGAAUCUGACUCUAAAACGCCCAAAAAACAUGAAAGACGACUGGAUAUGCAAGCUGGAAGUAUCUACAUCUGAUGAAGAGGCCCCUGAAGAACCAACACCUGAAAUCUGUGUGCACAAAAUAACGUUGUUACCCUCCAAUCAGAUCAUUGGGCUCAGCGAUCCCAAUAAUAUACAGGGAACUUAUCAACUAACAGUAUUAAAAUAGCAACAAGAAGAAUAGUUAUGCGCAUAGAACACAGGAAAGAACAAACUGCUCAGGAUUUGCUCAUCCCAGAAUAAUAUUUAUAUAUAACGAUUUACCUCAGUAGUCUGUGAUCAUGAAAAUAUUCUUUUAAAAAAAUUUGCAAAUAAAUUUUUUUUUAAAAACGUU